AUGGCCCUCAUCGAUUUCCUUCCACAGGCCAACGGACUACUUCCAAAGUGGCAGCUAGUUGUGGCAGUUAUGGCCGUUUUCAACACCGUUCAAAAUUUUGUGACUCUCAAAUUUACCCGCAGGAUUUACAAUGCGAGUCACUUGGUCAGCCCACUGCAGGCGCGAACGUUUGCCAUCUGGACGCUGACGUCGGCUGUGAUACGCCUCUAUGCUGCGUACAACAUUAACAGCAAACCUAUCUAUGACAUGACGAUAUUUAGCUAUCUCUUUGCCUUCGCCCAUUUCGGUUCGGAACUCCUGAUCUUCCGCACUGCCAAAAUCAAUGUUGCGGUACUCAGCCCGGUCUUUGUGUCCACCAUCUCGCUGGCAUGGAUGCUGUCGCAGUAUGACUUUUAUGUCAAAGUUUGA